CAGGUGAUGGCUAGAUGGCGAAGCAGACACCCUGUAAAAGCCAAAAAGGUCCGGGAGGGGGAAACCGGUUACAACCACCUGCCAGGAUGACGGACACUCGUCGACGAGUCAAAGUCUAUACCCUCAAUGAGGACAGACAGUGGGAUGACCGUGGGACCGGGCACGUCUCCUCGGCCUAUGUGGAGCGAUUGAAAGGCACAUCUCUACUGGUGCGAGCAGAGAGCGAUGGUUCCCUACUGUUGGAGUCCAAAAUCAACCCGAACACAGCCUACCAGAAACAACAGGAUACAUUGAUAGUAUGGUCAGAGGCUGAAAAUUAUGAUCUGGCACUCAGCUUCCAAGAGAAGGCUGGCUGUGAUGAAAUCUGGGAGAAAAUAUGCCAGGUGCAGGGGAAGGAUCCGUCAGUGGACAUCACCCAGGAUGUGGUGGAUGAGUCUGAGGAGGAGCGCUUUGAUGACAUGUCAUCGCCAGGUCUGGAGUUACCACCAUGUGAACUGAAUCGCUUGGAGGAUCUGGCGGAGCUGGUGGCCUCCUCACUCCCAUCGCCACUGCGGCGCGAGAAACUGGCACUGGCUGUUGAGAACGAGGGCUACAUUCGCAAGCUCCUGGAACUGUUCCGUGUGUGUGAGGAUUUGGAGAACCGUGAGGGACUGCACCACCUUUACGAAAUCAUUAAAGGCAUCUUCCUGCUCAAUCGUACUGCACUCUUUGAGGUUAUGUUCUCUGACGAGUGCAUCAUGGACGUCAUUGGUUGUCUGGAGUUUGACCCAGCACUCCCGCAGCCACGGCGGCAUCGAGAGUUUCUCACUAAAACAGCUCGCUUUAAGGAGGUGAUCCCCAUCUCUGAUCCUGAACUGCGUCAGAAAAUACACCAGACGUAUCGGGUGCAGUAUAUUCAGGACAUGGUGCUGCCCACGCCCUCUGUUUUUGAGGAAAACAUGCUGUCCACCCUGCACUCCUUCAUCUUCUUCAACAAGGUGGAGAUUGUGGGCAUGCUACAGGACGAUGAGAAGUUCCUGACAGACCUCUUUGCACAGCUAACAGAUGAGGCUACUGAUGACGACAAAAGACACGAACUGGUGAACUUCCUUAAGGAAUUCUGUGCAUUCUCACAAACAUUACAACCUCAAAACAGAGACGCCUUCUUCAAGACAUUGUCAAACAUGGGCAUUUUACCUGCACUAGAGGUCAUACUGGGAAUGGAUGACGUUCAGGUGCGUGGGGCAGCCACAGAUAUCUUCUCUUAUCUGGUUGAGUACAACCCUUCCAUGGUACGAGAGUUCGUCAUGCAGGAGUCUCAGCAGAAUGAUGAUGACAUCCUCCUGAUCAACCUGAUCAUAGAACAUAUGAUCUGUGAUACAGACCCAGAACUAGGGGGGGCAGUGCAGCUGAUGGGCCUGCUACGGACUCUGGUGGACCCGGAGAACAUGCUGGCUACUGCAAAUAAAACAGAAAAGACAGAAUUCCUGAGCUUCUUCUACAAGCACUGUAUGCAUGUCCUCUCAGCACCACUAUUGGCCAACACCACAGAGGAAAAACCUAGCAAAGAUGAUUUUCAAACAUCCCAGUUGCUGGCCUUGAUUUUGGAGCUGCUGACGUUUUGUGUUGAGCACCACACCUAUCACAUCAAGAACUAUAUCAUCAACAAGGACAUUCUCAGGAGGGUACUGGUGCUCACAGCCUCUCAGCACGCGUUCCUGGCACUAUGUGCCCUGCGAUUCAUGCGGAGGAUCAUUGGUCUUAAGGAUGAAUUCUACAAUCGCUACAUCAUGAGAAACUUUCUCUUUGAGCCCGUCAUUAAGGCCUUCCUUAACAACGGAUCGCGCUAUAAUCUCAUGAACUCUGCCAUCAUUGAGAUGUUUGAGUAUGUCCGUGUGGAGGAUGUGAAGUCUCUCACAGCUCAUAUAGUAGAGAACUACUGGAAGGCUCUGGAAGAUGUGGACUAUGUCCAGACAUUCAAGGGCCUAAAACUGCGUUAUGAACAGCAGCGAGAGAGGCAAGACAACCCCAAAUUGGAUAGCAUGCGAUCCAUCCUGAGGAACCAUCGCUUCCGUCGUGACGCACGGACACUGGAGGAUGAAGAGGAGAUGUGGUUCAACACAGAUGAGGAUGACCUCGAGGACGGUGAGGCAGUGGUUCCUCCCUCUGACAAGAUGAAGAGCGAGGAAGACCUCAUGGAACCUAUAAGCAAGUUCAUGGAGAGAAAGAAAUUGAAAGACACAGAUGACAAAGAAGUACUGGGGAAGUCCAGCUUGUCCGGCAGACAGAACCCCAGCUUCAAACUCGCCUUUUCUGGCUCCACUAAAACCAGCCUAUCCAGCCCCCCUUCAUCUGCCUCAUUGAACCCGGGUUCUCCGGGAUCACCAGGGUCUCCGGGCUCAGGGGCACGGAGCUCCCCCUCCACCACGACUGUAACCACAAAGGGAGGUUUAGUGGGACUGGUGGACUAUCCUGAUGAUGACGAUGAGGAUGAAGAAGAGGAGGAGGAUGGGGAGAGUAAAGAGGACCCUCUGCCGCCUUCGAAGAAGUCCAAACUGAGCUCCUAAAGAAGCAUCACUGUCUCAGCUUGUGCUCUGCUCAGACAGUUUCAGUGCAUAGAGUUCACACAGGAAUGAUCAAACUUGUAAACAAAUUGAAUGAAUGAAAGCCACCCCUCUCUGUCAGCGGGUGGCCCAAAGAGGAGCAGACUGUGAAUGGAUUCGAAGCCUCCUCAGACUAGCCCAGACUCGUUCAUACAAGUGCCAAUCAGGAGACCAGGAGUGAAAAAUGUCUGAAAAGUGGAACAGACGAGUGAAAGUUGUGGGAAAACAUCGCACUCAAAAGAUCUUCAACUGACUCAAACAGUAUGAAACAGGUUGGAGUUUGGUAAUUUAGCAACUGGAGGAAAAGACCACAUACAAAAACACGUACAAGCAGACUGAAAUCCCAGAGAGCUCGCGGGCUCGGACCAUAACCCACUGCCCCCCGCCCCCCACUCAGGGAAGGACAUCACAGCGACCCAGUUGGGUCAGCCAAUUCAGACCCAGAACCACAACUCGCACCCCAUCCCCUCCUCAGAAUCCUUUCUACUUCUUUUCUCCUCUGCUCUUUCUCCCUCUCUUUGUCUGUUGCUUUUUGUCCCCUUUUUUUAAGUUAGUAUAUAGGACCAGACGGGAGGCAGCAUGUGGCAAAGAGCUGUCCUUGUUGCCGUUUGAUGAUGUCAUCAGUGUCGUCGUUCCUCAGCGGAUGUUCUUUCUCUGACGAGAAAAAAGCCAGCAGUUUCUUCAUUAUUUUCCUUUUUUUUUUUCUCUCUCUACUUGUCUCUCAAUCUUUCUCCUGUUUUUUGUAAAUGACAACAAAAAGACCUGCCUUUAAAUGUUCAGGACGUUUUCAGUCACACUUGAACAGGUUUUUAAAGACCUCAGUAGGUGAGCUAGUUUUACCCUUUUUGCCCUUUGAAACUGCAGAUUUUUUGGAGAAUUUGUAAUCCCGUCUUGAUUAAAGAUUGAGUGGAAUUCUAGAUGUGAUGAAUUUUGUCAUAUCUACUCAUUUUUUUCCUUUUACAUGAGUGUACACUUAGUUGUUCAGAAUAUUUGGGACCAUUAAAAUGAUCUUUGCUGUAA